AUGAGCAAGGUUCAAUUCAUGGAUCAAUUAUUACGAGAUUUCAGGGAAGUCAGUGCUGUUUAAAAUAAGUCAUCUGUCAAUGAGUCCUUCUUGAAAGAGGAGAGCACAGGCCCUUAAAUAAUACUUACCAAUAAUAAAAAUAGAUUGAAGUUGAAAGAAUAUAGUAAAAAGUUAAGCCAUUACAAAUAAGAGAUGGUUAACAUUUCCAAUUAGAUUGAUUUGGAAAAUGCAAGGUUCAAGGAAUCCAAAAUAUCAAUGGCCACAAUCAUAACAAGAGAGAUUAAUAAAUUAUAAAAGCAAGAUGAAGAUCAAAUCAAAGAAAUGUUGGCUUUCGUAAGAAAAUUAAUUGAAUUUAAUCAAAAGAUAACUCUUGAAAUUGAAAACGUGUUUGAAAAUCAAUAGACAGUGUCAUCUCAAGAGGUUGAGGCUGCUGCUCAAGUGUUCCAAGAGGUCGAACAACAAGUGCUAGCUCUAAAGGAUAAAAGAUUGGAUCUAGGCUCUAUGGACUUUAAGUUAUUGUCCAUGAGUGAAUAUAAUAGAAUCAUCUUACAAUUACAAGAAUAGAAACUUAACAAUUAAGAAUAUUAAAAUAGUCUAUUUAAAAAUGAAUAGAAAAUAAAUCUGAUGUUAAGUCAAUAAUUGGAGGAGAAAAAUCAAGUCAUUCAAUAAUUAUAAAAGAAUUCAUUAUGGGAAUAAUGGAGAGAUCUAGAAUAAUUGAUAUUCAAUCAAUUAGAGAGAUUUAGAAUUCCAUAACCAAAAUCAGAUGGCAAUUUAGUGAACUAUGUCUUUGACUACUUAGAUCAAUUGGUUUAUAAUUAAGAAUGUGAAAUUAAAGAUUUAUAAGAUUAGAUUUUCAAAUACCAGAAAGAAAUUGAUGAAGUAAAACAAGAAAAUGAAAUUAUCAUUAGGGAGAAUAAGUAGAUCCAAAACUAGGUAAAACUAAGGAUUGAUGAGAAACAUCAAGAAAAAUUGCAACUUCAAGAUGAAAUGAAGAAUAUUCUGAAUAACAGUAUUGAAGUUGAAAAAGAGAAUCAAGUAUACAAUAAUCAAUUAUAAAUGUAUACUCAUCAAAUUAAACAACUCCAGAAGAGCAACACCAAUCUAUAUAAGGAAUUGCAAAAAUACAAAAAUGAUCUCAAUGAAUUAAAUGAUAUCAGAGUGAAAUUAGAGGAUCAAUGUGAAAAACAUUUAGCAAUCAUUGAAAGACUCAAUAAUUAGAAUAAUGAAUUAGAAUCAAUCUUAUACUAAUCCAAAAAUGAUGAAAGUGAUGAAGUCAAAUAAUAUAUUCAAUUAUCCAAAUCUCAAUCCAAUAGAAUCCAACAAUUAGAAUCUGAAUUAAAUCACACUUCAUAAUAGAAUUAAAAUUUAUCAGGUAAAUAGAAAGAAUAAGAUGAGUAAUUGCAAUAAUUAAGAAAUUAAAUUUAAGAUCUAUAAAAGUCAAUUCAUAAUCAAGAAAAUGAAAUUAAGAAAUAAAUGAAACUUAAUGAUGCAUUGUAAAAGCAAUUGAAAGAAAGUUAUGAACUAAAUAAUACAUAAAAUUCUGAUUUUAAAGAAUUAGAUGAAGAAAUUAAAUAUUAAAUAAAAUACAAUGAAAUUCAAAAAGAAUACAAAGAAUAUAAACUAUAAUCAGAAAAUAGAUUAAAUAAAGCAUUAACAUAGUCUUAGGAAUUUUAAUAAAAGUUUCAGAUUUAAGAAUAGGAAAAGCUGUUAGAGAGCUAUAAAUUGAUUGAAAAAGAAACAACUCUUAAGAGUGAGAAUCAAAUUUUAAAUCAGAAACUCAAUAUGUUACAAGAGUAAUUGAAAUAAUAAGAAAUUAAUUAAUUAAAUGAAAUCAAAGUUACUAAGCUAGCAUUAGAACAAACUUAGGUUUAGUACCAAUAAUAAUCUUAAUUGUUUGAUAAACUGAAAAUUUAGGCUUCACAAUUAGAACGAGCCGUACUAGAAAAAUAGACUUUAAUCUAACAACUUUAAGAUGAACUCGAUAGUAAUUCUGCUUAAUAUGAAUAAUAAGUCAAUGAAAUUCAAUAGGAAUACAAUUGUAUUGUUGAAGAAAAUUAAUCACAAAUCACAUCACUAUAAUAGACAAUUUCCAACCAAAAACAUGAGAUCAUGCUUUAACAAAGAUAAAUUGAUUAGUUAGAAUUUUAGAAACAAUAAGAUUUAUUGUAAUACAAAAUUGAGAAUGAUAAGAAGUCUCUGUAAUUUGCAAAGGAAUUAGAGUAAGUCAAGGAUGUUUUGAAUUCUUCUGUAAGCUUUUAGUAAAUCAAAGAAACUGAAAAAUCAUUUUAGAAAAAAAUGUCAUAAGUUUAGGAAUCAUCUAAUAAAUCUAUAGUCCAAACUUAAUAAAAAUAUGAAUAGAUUAUUUAAGAUUUAGUUAAAUAAUACGAUAAAUAAGUAAACUAUUUAUAGGACUAAUUACAACUGUAAAAUAGAUUGGAUUUCUAAUAAAAUCGAAAUAGUUAAAAACCCCCAAGAGGUUAGCACAAGAGUCCUAAUUGCUAUACUAACUCUCCAGCCUCAUCCAUAUAACAAAGCUUUUACAGAGAAGUGGCUAAAUUCUCAAAAGACUUAGAUGAUUCCUAAGAGUCUAAUUCUCAAAAAAGGACAACAGGAGUCAUUAAAUAAAAUAAACAUAUUUUUAUAGAAGAUGAUAACAAUACAAGUUAGGAAUAAAAUUCAACUGUUUAAAAUUAUAGCAGUUCUGGAAGAGUAUAAAUACAUGAUCAUGCUGUUCAAACAGAUUAAUAAAAUGAAGAUAUUUUCCCUCCUUUUGAUCAUAGGAUCUGUUUAAGGUGUAAAAAAAAUGAUAUGAUUGCUCCCAAUUUUUGUAAAUUCAAGGAAGUCAAUUAAUUCACAGACUUAAGCAAUAGUUAAGGAAGUGCAAGUAGGUUAAAAUCAUCAAGAGUAUUAAAAGAACAUAUAUAUGGAAGUAAUUUAAGUUGGAGAUAAAGGGAAACUAAUUCAAUCACAAAGUCAAACUAUUUUUCUAUUGGAGAAAAAACAUCAUAAGGAAUCAAUACAAUUUUAAGUUUAAUAAAUAUUGAGAACACAGAAUUUAAAAGAAGUGCUAGCCAAACAAGAAAUAAAAGAAACUCAGAAAGUUUGUCAAUCUCAUUUAGUUCUAAAAUGGAUACAAAACGAAGUAAUUAAUGA